CUGCAGCAGCUCGAGCUGAUUAAAGCGUUUCCUCUCAGGUGACGCAGUUUGUCCCGACGAGCAGAACGGGCCGACAUGGAUUUGCCACUCUUCAUUUAUUCGAUCUUUCUGGCCAGUCUGACCAUUUCCAGAGGUCAAAUUUUGGGAUGUCAUCAAGGCCAAUGGCAGUGUGAUGAUGGAGGCUGUAUCCCUGAUAUCUGGAGAUGUGAUGGAGCUGGAGACUGCCUGGAUGGAUCUGAUGAAAUGGAUUGCACUGGCUCUUCUGAAUGUCUGCCAGGUCAGUUUUCCUGUGUAGACUCUGUCGGCUGUGUUAAUGCUUCGGCCCGCUGUGAUGGACAAAUCCAGUGUCCCACCGGCUCAGAUGAAGAGAACUGUCCAGCUACUGAGAGCUGUUUAGAGUCUGACUGGACAUGUCAAAACAACAUCUGUAUCCCAGCAGAGCUGCGUUGCAAUGGACUGAAUGACUGUCUGGACAACUCUGACGAAGACAACUGUGGUCUGUGUGGGGAGGCUGGUAUACGUUGUCCUGAGGGGACGUGUCUGUCUGCUGAGGAGAGGUGUGAUGGACAGGUGCACUGCUCAGAUGGCAGCGAUGAGCCUAUAACCUGUGGUCGUAUUUGCUCUAUUAACAAUGGUGGCUGCAGCCAUGUGUGUGUCGAUGAAGACUGGGGAGCUCUGUGUGCCUGUCCUGAUGGAUAUAAGCUUUCUCCCAAUGGAGCCGUCUGUGAAGAUUUGGAUGAAUGUGCCCAGACUUUUUCUCCCUGCAUGCAUCACUGCACUAACACUGUUGGAUCCUACUACUGUCACUGCAGAGACAGAUUCAAACUAGAUGGAAAUUCUGCAUGUCUGGCUACAGGUGAUGCUGUCAGAUUGCUAACAGCGCAGAGGAAAUCAAUCGGGCUGUUGAAUGUGAAGUCUCAGCAGUUUGAAGUUAUCCAGACUGCAGUCUUUGACCUGGUGGCUGUGACUUUUGAUGUUGCCCGAGGCUGGUACUACUGGGCUGACAACCAGGGCAACAUUUACAAGAGUGAUGGACAGCACAGCUCGACGAUCUACACUGGGGAGCCUGGAAUCGGAGGUCUAGCCUGUGACUGGCUGAAUGGAAACCUGUUCUGGACCAAUCAGAAGACAGAGUCAAUCUACAUGCAGGCAGCUGAUGGAGAAAGUUACACUUCUGUGCUGAGCAAGAACAUCCGCCCAUCAGAGUUGGUGCUUAUACCUGUGGAGAGUUUGAUGUUCUGGAUCAAUGCUGGCCACGGGGACAGAGUGACAGUAGAGAAGUCAUGGAUGGAUGGGUCAGACAGAAGCUCUCUGAUGUCGCUCACUGCUCAGUCCGCUCACAGUCUGACUGCUGAUGUUGCUGCCAGGAGGCUGUACUGGAUCAGUGAUUUCAAGAAGUCCAUAGAGACAGUGAAGGUGGAUGGGACUGGCCGUUACACCUUCACAGGACUGUUCAGCAGCAGACCAGCUCUCGGCCUUGCAGUGUUUGAAAGUUCCUUCUACUGGAUGGAUGACAGAGGACUGUGGCAGGUUCCACAGAAACAACCGGAUCAAAAGAAAUUCCUCUUGAAAUCCACAGUGCCAAUAUUCGCAGUUUACCACAAGCUACAACAGCCUCAAGGUUCUUCAGCAUGUACAAAGACUCCAUGUCAACUGUGUCAACUAACUAAAGGAAGCCCCAUGGGAUUCACCUGUGCUUGUCCUAACUCAAAAGUACUGUUGCUUGAUGGGACAUGUGAAUAUCCAAGGUUUAUAUACGCUACCAUCACCCACAUCAACAUGUUGGAGUUUAGAGGCAGAGUCUCCACUGAUACCCAGCUCUUUGCCACUGACGACAGUAUCCUGUCAUUCGAUCUGGACUGGUACAGAGACUGGCUUUACUGGGCAAACCAAACUGGCCAUAUCCAACGCAUAAGUCUAACUGAGGCCAAGACUGAGGUGGUCCCAACACCUUUGCCAGCUUGUCUGAUAAAAGUCGACCAGAGGAAAGGGAACCUGUAUUGGGUGUCAUGCGACCAAAACAGCAUCGGCACCACCACAGUCGACAAUCGAUACUCACAGCAAUUGUACCAUACAACAAAGGAGAUUCGAGACAUGUAUCUGGACUGGCUGAGGGGUGGCCUCCUGUGGCUGGAGGAAGAGCAACUCCUUAGCAUGACCUUGACGGGAGGCCAAGCUGAAGAGCUGCUGCACUUAGCAGGAGGUGUUGGGGGGAACAUCGCCUUCGACCUCAGGGCUAGUAGUCUGCUCUGGAACUCAAAGAGGGCAGGUUUAACAACAAUGAGUUUGCUGCAGGAAAGAAGCCACCAAGCUGGCAGGAGGUGGAACAUUUCUGGCUCGGUUAUAGCUGCCUUUGAGCCCUUCCUGUUGUCACUUUCUGACAAUGUUUUGACACUGUGGGACCGCCGCGAUGGGAGCGCGAUCCAAGACAUGUCUGUGGGAGGUCAAGUGCUGAGUGUAGUUGCUGCACUCAAGGACGUCCGUCCAGUGCCUGAUACUCCAGUCUGCAAUGAACCCUCUGUGCUGUGCCGACACACAUCAAUCUGCCUGUCACAAGUCCAGCUGUGUGAUGGGAAUAAGGACUGCCCUGAUGGAGAUGAUGAGGACUUUUGUGUAACCACAUGUCCAUCUAAAGAUGAUUUCAAGUGCACGGACCGUAGGAGUUGCAUCUCCAGGAAUCUUGUUUGUGACGGUCGUUCUCACUGUCGUGACAGUUCGGAUGAGGUCAACUGUCCAACCGUAGCUUCUCCUGCAGCUCUGGCAAACAUCCUUAAGUGUCGCACGGGCUCAAGGCUGUGUAAAGACGGCACAGAGUGUGUUUUAUACAGCCAUGUGUGUGAUGGGGAAAAGGAUUGUCGGGAUGGAUCAGAUGAACAGGAAUGUGAUGCUACAGAUCAGAAGAUGACUCCAACAUCAAAUAUUCUUCCAUUCAACGAAAUGCUACCUGUCACCACACCUCAUGCUCCGACUGUCCCAGCCUGCAGCAGUCCCUCUAUGCUCUGUCCCCGUUCUUCUGUUCACCUCUGCAUUUCCCCAAGCCAGUUUUGUGAUGGACGCAAAGACUGUCCUGAUGGCUUUGAUGAACAGAACUGUGUGAAAAGAUGUUCCUCAAAAAACAACUUCCGCUGCAAAGACCGUAGGAGCUGCAUCUCGAAGAGUCUGGUUUGUGACGGGCGUUCUCAUUGCAAUGAUGGCUCAGAUGAGGUCAACUGUCAGAGCAUAGCACGUCCUACAGCCCUAUCAAAUGUCCUGAAGUGUCGCAUGGGCUCCAGAUUAUGUCAAGAUGGCACAGAAUGUGUCCUCUUCAGUCAUGUUUGUGAUGGCGAGAGAGACUGCCGUGAUGGAUCAGACGAAGAAGGAUGCAAUGCUGCAGAGGUUGACCCUACCACAGCUACCACAAAAUUAAAUGAAUCCCCUUUAUCUUUUGAACCUUAUACUGAUCCUCCCACUGAGCCGCCCUGCACCAGUCCUUCAGUUCUGUGUCCAGGUUCUUCUCUAUGCAUUAAACCAACACAGUUUUGUGAUGGAAAGAAAGACUGUCCUGAUGGAUCUGAUGAGAACUGUAUGAGAAGAUGUCCUUACAAAACUGACUUCCGCUGCAAAGACCGUAGGAGCUGCGUCUCCAAGAGUCUGGUUUGUGAUGGUCGCUCCCAUUGCCACGAUGGCUCAGAUGAGGUCAACUGCCCGAGUGAGCGCACUCUUGCAGCUCAAACAAAUGUCCUAAAGUGUCGCAUGGGCUCCCAACUAUGUCGAGAUGGCACAGAAUGUGUCCUCUUCAGUCAUGUUUGUGACGGAGAGAGAGACUGUGGGGAUGGAUCAGACGAAGAAGGAUGUGGUGAUUCAGACACUGGCACUAUACUUGCAGAAAAUCUCAAAUCAGAAGUAUCUCUAGCACCUGCCAAGCGGCUCACUGACCCUCCUACCAAGCCACCCUGCACCAGUCCUUCAGUUCUGUGUCCAGGGUCUUUAAUAUGCAUUAAACCAACACAGUUUUGUGAUGGAAAGAAAGACUGUCCUGAUGGAUCUGAUGAGAACUGUGUGAAAAGAUGUCCUUACAAAACUGACUUCCGCUGCAAAGACCGUAGGAGCUGCGUCUCAAAGAGUCUGGUUUGUGAUGGUCGCUCUCAUUGCCACGAUGGCUCAGAUGAGGUCAACUGCCCGAGUGUGCGCACUCCUGCAGCUCAAACAAAUGUCCUAAAGUGUCGCAUGGGCUCCCAACUAUGUCGAGAUGGCACAGAAUGUGUCCUCUUCAGUCAUGUUUGUGAUGGAGAGAGAGACUGUCGGGAUGGAUCAGACGAAGAAGGAUGUGAUGCUGCGGAGACUGACCCUACAACUGCUUCAGACAACUUCAACAAAGCCCUUUUACCUGUCAAACCUUUUACUGAGCCUCCCACUGAGCCGUCCUGCACCACUUCUUCAGUUCUGUGUCCAGGUUCUUCUCUAUGCAUCAAUCCAGCACAGUUUUGUGAUGGAAAGAAAGACUGCCCUGAUGGAUCUGAUGAGAACUGUGUGAAAACAUGUCCUUACAUAACUGAUUUUCUCUGCAAUGACCGUCGGAGCUGUAUCUCCAAGAGUCUGGUUUGUGACAGUCACUCUCAUUGUCACGAUGGCUCAGAUGAGGUCAACUGUUCGAGCAAAUCUCCUCCCGCAGCCUUGAAGUGUCGCAUUGGGUCAAAGCCGUGUAAUGAUGGCACAGAGUGUGUUUUAUAUAGCCAUGUGUGUGACGGAGAGAGAGACUGUGUGGAUGGAUCGGAUGAACAAGGCUGCCCAGAAACAUGCAGACAAGGUGAGUUUAAAUGCUUUCAUGGAGGUAUGUGCAUUCCUCUGGAUCAAGUGUGUGAUGGGAAGUCACAGUGUCGCGACCAGUCUGAUGAACUAGUCUGCAGCGACCAAAAAAAACGCUUUGAACAUCACUGUGGUGACGGCAGCCGCUCCAUCCCAAAGAAAUUUGUUUGCGAUGGAGAGAGAGACUGCCUGGAUGGCUCAGAUGAGGUUGGCUGUGACCCUAUUAUUGCUACAUCAACAGAGUCUCCUGUUCCCACUUCGAAGUCAAGAUGCAUCACUCCAUCAGUUCUUUGUCCAGGUUCACCACAGUGUAUCUCUCAAAAUCAGCUGUGUGAUGGACAAAGAGACUGCCCUGAUGGAUUUGAUGAGAACAACUGUGUGUUCCAAUGUAAAAACCAAGAUGAUUUCUUGUGCAGUGACCAGAGAGCGUGCGUCCCCAGGACUGAAGUGUGUGAUGGCCGUGCCCAUUGUCCUGAUGGCUCAGAUGAGAAGCGCUGUCAAACAGCACAUCCUGCGGCUCCCCCGUCCAUCAACGGGCUUGGUGCCAGAUCAGCCCCGGUGAGGUGCCGCACAGGUUUCAGGCCUUGUAAAGAUGGCCUGGAGUGUGUUAUGUACAGCCACGUGUGUGACGGAGAGAUGGACUGUAAGGACGGAUCAGACGAAGAGGGAUGUGCUGCUCAGUGCAAAGCAGCUGAGUUCCAGUGCAGUCAUGGAAAUAGAUGCAUACAACCAGAGCAGGUGUGUGACGGACAGUAUGACUGUCAAGAUCGAUCCGAUGAAAUGGACUGUUCAACUCUGACUAAGGGCUGCCAUCACCGCUGUGAUAACAACACUCGCUGUAUACCUGAUACUUUCCUGUGUGAUGGAGAGAGAGACUGUGCUGAUGGAUCAGAUGAAGCAAAGUGUGGUUUAGUAGCCUGUACAAUUAACCAGUACCGCUGUGCGAGUGGUCAGUGUGUGUCGGAGGCUCUCAGAUGUGAUGGCUAUGCUGACUGCAGUGACCGUACUGAUGAGGUGGAUUGCACAAGACCACCGCGCUGCCCACCUCAACUGCGAUGCCCACACAGCCACUUGUGCCUGCAGAAAGAGUGGCUCUGCGAUGGCGAGGACGACUGCAAAGAUGGGUCUGAUGAGAAGGACUGCGUGUCACCACCAGCAAAGUGCAGGGAAUACCAGUGGCAGUGUGGAGACAGCAGUCAGUGCAUUCCUCUGUCCUGGAGGUGUGACGGGAAGAAGGACUGUCACAGUGGAAUGGACGAGGACAAAUGCAGCCAGAGAAAAUGCCCUUCUCACCUGUAUCAGUGUGGCAGCGGUGAGUGUGUGGACCCUCGCCUGGUGUGUAAUGGCUUCACCAACUGUGCUGACAGUUCAGAUGAGGGUGCUGGAUGUUCUCAACGCAACUGCUCCAGUCUGUCGGCUCCUCAGUGUGACCACCAGUGUGUCAGCACCCCAAAUGGCCCGAUGUGUUACUGUGCCGCAGGUUUCAGACUAGACUUAAGUGCUGUGUCCUGUGUGGAUGCCGAUGAGUGCAAUGCUGUGCCAAAUACCAUAUGUAGACACACCUGCCUGAACACUCAUGGAUCAUACAGCUGUCACUGCUACCCUGGAUUCUACCUGGAACCUGACAACAAAAGCUGCAAGACCAAAGACGAACCUUUGCUUCUGGCAUCCGUGCAGUCUGAGCUGUUACUACUGGGAAUCCACAGCAGUGCCUUGCGUCUUCUGUCCUCUGCCAGUCGGCCAGUCUUCUCUCUGGAUUAUCACUGGGCUCAGCAGAGAGUUUAUUGGCUGAGUCCUGACUACCAGAGCAUCCGCUGGGCCGACAUGAAAAGCUCAGGCAACACAGGGACACUUAUCAAAGGGGUCAAGUCAGAUUUCAUCGCAAUGGACUGGGUUGGUAACAACCUGUACUGGGUGGACGGACUUGUGGGCCAGAUUCUGGCUGUGAAACUCAGCGAUGUUACAGUGAGAUCUCAGAGCUACACUGUGGUCCUGGGUGAAGAUCUGGAGCAGCCAAGCUCAUUGGUCCUGCUGCCACACCAAGGAUUGAUGCUUUGGUCUGAGAUUGGCAGCAGCCCUCAGAUUGAGCGAUCAGGAAUGGAUGGUUCGAAGAGGAAGGUGGUGGUGAGUCGAAACUUGAGCUGGCCAGUCAGUCUGGCCUAUGACCUCCUGGACAACAGGGUGUAUUGGGCUGACGAGAAGCUGCGUUGCAUCGGCUCGGCCUCUCUGGAUGGAGACAAUGUCAAGAUCCUCCAGUUAGCUGAAACACCAAGUCCUUUCUCUGUGGCAGUCUUCAAUGAUCGAGUCUUCUGGUCCGACACAAAAAGAAGAACCAUCCGCUCAGCUGACAAGAAAACGGGCAAAGAUCAAAAGGUUCUUCUGAAGAGACCAGGGCAGCCGUUUGGACUGAAACUGAUGCAUGCCCUUUCCCAACCCACAAUAUCCAGUCCCUGUGAUAGGCUACAGUGCUCCCAUCUCUGCCUGCUGGCCCCAGCAGCGAAAGGCAGGUCUGGAGCACCGGCGUUGACGGGAGAUCGAACUGUGAGGGAGCCAACAGCAGUUUGCCGAUGCCCGAAGGGGAUGCUACUUUCCAAGGACAAGAUGACCUGCUCCUUGCCUACGGAGUCAUCUUUCAUAUUGCUUUUGUCUCGUACAACAGUCUACCAGAAUUUGACACAUUCCUUGUCCUGCUCAUUUCCUAUGUUAUCCUGCCCUCUACUCCCCAACUUGAAGAUUUACUUGCACUCCAUGCAUCGUGAUGGUAUUGCUUUGAAAAAAAUGCCCAUCAGCCGAGAUUUAGCCCUCCCUGGGGUAACUGAGGCCUCGGGCCUGGACGUGUCCAUCCAGGAGCUUUCUAUGUAUGUGGCGGAUGCAGAACAAGGAUCUGUGGAUGUGCUGAAACUGAGUGGCCCCAGGUCCAGACAGGGACUUACACCCGCUGGACAAGUCCUAAAGCUGAGGGAUGAUUCAGUCACGGCUCUGGCAGUUGAUUGGGUGACCUCCAACCUCUACUGGAGCAGCAUCAAGAGACCCGAUCUCCACGUGACCUCCCGCCAUGAUGGCUUCACCACCUCACUACUGCAGGGAUCACUGAAGGGCACCACAUCCAUCGCACUGCAUCCCCCGUCAGGACGUCUUUGCUACACAGCAUUAGCUGUACCAGGAGGAAAGACUCAGACAGAUGUAAACUGCGCCUGGAUGGAUGGCCGUAACAAAGCAGUUCUGUGGAGGAAGUCGAGCAUCCCCACCUCGCUGGUCUUUUCCAGUCAAGGGAACAUGAUCUACUGGGCUGACACAGGUGAAAACAUCAUCAGCUCCAUUGGAGUGGACGGGUCAGGAUAUAAACAGUACAAAACAGGGCCAGGUCUGCUCAUCUCUUUCACACAUACAGAGAACAUCCUCCUCUGGGCCACGCUGGACAAAGAUGUAACCAAACUGUGGUUCAGCGAUGGUCUCCAGCCCAACCAACUGUGGUUUGAGACAAAGACCAAUCUGGUGGAAGUCAGAGCCUACAGCAUCGACAGUCAGUCUGGAACUAAUACCUGUUCCAAAAACAAUGGCGGAUGUGCCCAACUGUGCCUGGCCUAUCCUGGUGGUCAGAUAUGUAAAUGUGGACGGGGCUUCUCCGCCAUCAAUGAUACCUCCUGUGCCCCGCUCCUCAACUGCCCCUCUGAGCAAGAAUCCUGUCUUGAUGGCAGCAAGUGUAUCAGCAGCAACAAGAUUUGUGACGGACAUGUCGACUGUUUGGACCAGUCAGACGAGCAGGACUGUCCAAAUACAAACUCAGCCUCUUUUGGGCCCAAAACUAGUGAUGGUCGUUCUCCCCUGUCUUCAUCUUCUCAUCCCAACAUCCAGAAGAACUCAGUUUCCUCAGUUAAAACAGACUCCACGUCCUGUGAUCUCCAACACUGCCACGGUCAGGGCAGCUGCAUCACAGAACGCAAAAUCACUCGCUGCCAGUGUCUCGCUGGUUACAAGGGAGAGUUCUGUCAAGAGGCUGAAAGUGGACAAAGUCACGUGGGUGUGAUCCUGGGUGUCUCCUGCCUUGUUGCCUUAUUGAUUGGUGCUGCUUUUCUUUUCACUAAGAGGAGAGCAUGGGUGUCCAUCAGAAACAGAUCAACAGAGAAAGAAACUCUGAUGGCCAAUAUGGGCCUGCCAUGUGAACACUACGAUUCAGACUCUGAGGAGCUGGACUCCCCGGUGGAUUUGAAGAGCCCUCCGCUAGCGUUAAGGUCAUUACAGCUCAAGUACUCAAGUCCUGUAUCCUAAAGCCUCCAAUAAACACCUGAUGGCUGAUGCCUUGGACUGUUGGAAUAUACUGCUUUUAUGACAAAAAUGAAUGGGGUCUGCAGAUGCAUUUCUGUGAUAAUGAAUUUAACAUGCCGAUGGACAGUCUUUUGUGUAAUAAAAGUGAUCAAGAAAUGAACCGA